UUUUCUCUCUUGUCUCACUGUUCAGAUCGAAUUUGAAAGAUUGAAUCUCUCUCUCUGGUUUUUUAUCUUCUCUAACAUUGUCUCAUCCCCAGAUUUAGGAUAUUGAGUUUUGUAAUUUUCGCUAUGACCCUGCUUGAAGUUGUUUCCAACGCUACUGUGAAAGGAGACCAAGGCGAUACGCAGUCGGAUUAUCCCAUCGUUCUCAACCCAGAUGGCAUCUGUUCAAACUUGAAGCCGAAACUCGAGAACCCUAAUCCUAGUACCCUGAUUAAUCCUCUAUCUGGGUGGGAAAUCUCCAGAAGUGAUGCUGAGAUAAUCGAUUUAGGCAAAGGUUUUUCUUCUAAGCUUAAAAGGAAGCUUAAAGAUACCAACAGUUUUGGCAAAGACGAAUUUAUCGGCAUGUUGAAGCCAUUUCUCGAGAAAAUUGGCGAGAAAUUCGGGAUAUCGGCGGGGGUUGAUCAUUCUGAUAAGGGCUAUAUAAGGGCAUUGAUUGAGAAAACUGGGCUCGUUAUGGGUAGAGAUGUUGCUGGUUUAAUUCUGGAAGGCUGUGUUCGUUUAGAGAUAUGGGAGUUAGUGGAGACCUUUGUUACAAACUCGAUGGUUGAUCAUUCCUCAUACUCUGGUUUGGUCAGGAAUCUCGUUGGGAAGAAACAAUCUGAUUUGCUUUGCCUUGUGAUCAAACAUGCUUCAGAUCUUGGGGCACCUGAGUUACUUUUGAUCUUGAAGUAUUUUCUUUGCCCGUCCAAGGAAGCAUUUGGCAAUAUGGUUAAGGUAAGAGAAGAAUGGGAUAAUCAGGCCUUGUUAGCUAUCGAAAAGGCGAGCGAUACAGCUCUUUCUGCUAAAAAGUCCAGAGUUGCUAGAGAUGCUUCAAUCUUGCUCAUGGUUGCCCAUGACGGGUUUUCAACUCCCGAGCUCUGCUUGCACUUCUUGUUAGCAUCCAAGAAUGUCGACGAUGUCAUGUUAGCGUCCGCAGUCAAUAAAUUGAGCGGCAAAGAGAUGGCAGGCUUUAUUCGGUACCUUUCCAAAUGGUUGAAGAAGUAUGAAAGUUUUCCUCAAGCGGGUCCAUGCCCUAAAGCUGCUUCAAUGUUCGGUUUAAAACUGUGCAACUGGGUUCCCAGGCUCGGGGAUGUUGCAAAAUAUCUCGGUCUAAUUCUCGACGAGAACUUCUCUACUGUGGUUCUGUAUUCAGAUGUGCAUGAAGAGCUAAAGUCCAUUGAAGGAGUAGUCCAUUCUUUAGCUUCUGAAUCCAAAGUUUGUUGUUUUAUGGCUAAUGUGGUUGAAAGUAUGAAACUUGGGUGUGCCCGAGACUAGAAAUUCACAUAGUUACCUGUUCUUGGUGGUUGUCUCGAGUUUAUGUAACCCAAUUCACUUUUCAAUCAACUGAUGUGAUAUUAGUAUUCUUACAUUUUCCUUAA